AUGCCCCCGCCCACCGCCGGCGGGAUCAACGAGCCGCAAGAGUGUCCGUACUGCCGCCGGACCUUCUCCUGCUACUACUCCCUGAAGCGACACUUCCAAGACAAGCACGAGCAGUCGGACACGCUGUACGUGUGCGAGUUCUGCCACCGGAGGUACCGCACCAAGAACUCGCUGACCACGCACAAGAGCCUGCAGCACCGCGGCUCCAGCGGCAUGCUGAAGCGCCUGCUGAAGACGUCGGCGCUGCACGGCGCGCUGGCGCCGGCGCCGCACCACCUGUUCGAGCUGGGCGAGCGCGCGCCGCCGCUGCCGCCCGGCCUGCAAUGA